AGUCGAUAAUCAAGGAAUCCUAAGGGCUCCAGAGUGAAAAGUGGGGAAGACGACUGAAGUAUUGAAGUUACUUUCUCUCCCGUCUGCAGUAUUCACUCCCAAUAUCGCCCUUAUUUACACUAAAUUAAAUUAAACUAAACGAGUUAAUAAUCAGCUGCAACAAUGGCGUCUAAAGUCACCUUUAAAAUCACGUUGACGUCGGAUCCAAAGCUGCCAUUCAAGGUAUGAGACGUUGAAGAUUUGCCAGAAGAUGAAAGGGAGGCCUGUCAUGAGAAUGAAUGAAGUAUGGACGAAGAUCAGCUAUCAGAGAUUCUAAAGAUGUUCGACAAUUAUGUGACUCUGAUCGAAAACCCGAGAAUAAUAGAGCAAAUAACAAUACGAAAUGUAUCAACAGCCUUCAGCUGUUCGCGUUUCAUCGAGAGAACGAUGCUGCGUGCCAAAGAGGAUAACAAAAUGAAUGAAUUGAUGAGUAAUUUGCGAGGUCACUGGUCAAUGAACAAUCGUGUGCACACGUACAGCAUCGAGACACUGCACAGUGCAUGUGAUAAACUCGUGGAAGUGCUGAUGAAAACAGCUGGAGUCACAGGGGACAUUAUCGACAGACUUUUGACUCUUUAUGUGAACGAUUGUGGUAGGAAGCGAUUAAAUAAAUUCCUCGAGGCUCUCUUCAAUGAGUCAUUGACAGCGAAUGCUGCAUUGGAAUGCAUGACAGAGCUUCGUUUAGACAAGUCUGUGAUCGAGGACGAGGGGAGGGUUUUCCUCUGGCACAAUCAGGCCUCUUGUGGCAAUCGGGAGGAGGUCGUGAGGUGCAUCGAUAGGAUGAUUGACGAUGGAUUGGUCAAGGAAGUCAUUGAGAGUUUAGAUAAGUUGAGUGAGGAGAGCCCUGCGAGGAAGCUCAUAAUCCAGAGUUUGAGCAGUAGAAUUAAUAAUUACGAUGAGAAUGUGUGUUCAGAGGUGUUCAAGGUCAGGAGAAAAGUACUCGAGGGGCUGUUGGAUGAUGAGGAUUUUCGAUUGAAUUAUAUAGACAGCAUUUUCUACUUUGGAAGAAGCAUGAAUUUUGAGAGGGGACGGUGGAGUGGGUGUCACCGAUUCUCGUUCGAUGAUAUUGUUAAUAGUUUAAAGGGGUUGAUGGGUAUUAAUGAGCAGAUUUUGGAGGCUGUUAAGAAUAGGAUACUGAUGGCGAAGGGGAUGGAGGGGGGGAGGAUAUGGGAGGAGCUUGAGGAUGCUUGUGGGAAUGAAAUGUAUGGAAUAGUUGUGUGAAGGACGAAUUUUAUUGGGAUGUUGAGGUCUGUUAGAAUUAUUCGUCAUGAAGUUAUUAAAAGAGUUAUUAGAGAACUUUAUGAUUUAAAAAGUUACUGAAGAAUUUGCAAGUGUGAAAUUAAAUUCAAUGAUUUAAUUUAUUGAUAAUAAAACUGUAAAUUUGGUUUAUAUCCACUCCAGCGAGAGAAUAAAAUAGAGUUCUUUGGUUAUUAA